AUCUUUAUCUUCGUACUACACCGCUUUUCAAACGUCCAGGGCAGAGUGCUCGAAUUUCCUGGGUUAAAAAGUAAGCUAAGAGCGUUCUGUUACCAUGGGAACGGAUGAAGCCCAGACCAGCGCACAGCAAUAGAGGAUAGUCUACAAAAACCCUACAACAAUUUCCAGGUCCCUCCCUCCCAUCCUCCAGGAGCCGACCUCAACCCAGCUGAAGACUACAAAAAGAUGAGGAGGAUCAUUGCUGAAGAUCCAGACUGGUCCCUGGCUAUAGUGCCUUGUUUAUCAAACCUCUGUCUGCAAAGCAUCGUGAGAAACUUUGAGGAAAAGCCCAUAUUUGAAGAACUUACACCCAUCCAGAAAGACUUUGUGCAGGAGAGACUGUCUACUUCCCUGCACCUGCACGUGACAGCCAACUUGAUCAGCGAUGGUGUCUAUUGGAAGCGGUGCUGCGAGCAGCGGUGGGACCUUUGUGACGUCUCACAUUAUGGCCACAGCUGGAAACGAAUGUUCUUUGAGAGGCACAUGGAGAACAUUAUUGAGCUUUUUAUCCCAGCUGUAACAGAGCCAAAGACAGUUCUGGCGAUGGUACCUCAUUGUAAGAACUAUGUCAAGAGGCUGGACAUCUCCCAACUACUGCCGCCUGUCAAGGAGCCCCAGGAGGAGGAAGAGGAAUAUGGCUCAGAGUUGACAAGUGACAACGAGUAUGACAGGCCGUCUAUGGACCACUUUGACUUUAACAUCCUGCUCGACAAGCUGAUAAACCUGGAAGAGCUCCAUUUGGUGUACAGGGUCAAACAAUGUGGUAUGAACUUUGAAUGGAAGAUGUUUGAGAUGACUGACAGAGAUUGUGAGUCCCUCGCCAAGGCCCUCAAGUCCUGUAAGACUUUGAAGCUUCUAAGGCUCCAUCAAAGCCACGUUGAGGAUAAAAAGUGCCGGCUGCUGGUGAAAUUCCUUUUGGACCACCCGUCCCUGAGGGAGCUCGACUUUUCUCACAACCUGAUCGGAGACAAAGGAGCCAGAGCUAUCGGCAAACUGCUCACCAGGAGUAAACUGGAGACCCUGAACAUGUGUGACAACAAUAUUAGAGGGCCGGGAGCCAAAGCUAUAGCUCAUGCCUUGUCCAAGAACUCCACUCUUUUGUCCCUCAACCUGCGUCUCAACCGUUUGAGAGAUGAAGGGGGUCAGGCUAUCGGCAAGGCCUUGCUGAACAACAACACCCUACUUAACCUGCACCUGGGAGGCAAUGAGGUGACGGGGCCUACUGCCAUUGCACUGUCUAAAGUGCUAGUUCAGAAUAACACCUUGAAGAGCAUCAAUCUUUCCUGCAACAACCUGGGUGUGGAUGGAGGUAAAGUUCUGGAGGAGGCGAUGUCUCACAACACCAGCGUAACAGAAUGUGAUAUUCGUCUGACGGAGGUUGAUGAGCAGAGCGUUUUACACAUUAACCAGGUGGUUUGGACCAACCAGAGUUUAGACCAAAAGAGACAUGCUCAAGAGAGGAAAACCAAGUAGACAUAAAGUAAACAGCUCCUUUUGGUAAUACAAACCCUUCUUUAUUAGUCAUUAAUUCUUGCCCCCCCUCCCACCUUCUUUUAGCCAUGUUGCACGGCCAAUAUAUGCCAACACUGCAUCUCAAACUAAAGUAGCUGAUUUUUGACAAAAUUUUAAUAACACAAAAAAACACAAAAGUCCUAUUGUUCAUAGUAAGUGUUGCUGUAAGAGGAAAAUCUACCCCUGGAUACUUACCAUUUGUCAUUUUUGUGCUCUUUUUGAUAUUAGUUGGUGUAUAUUUCUGAUGUUCACAGGUAAUUGGCAAAAUGUAAAUGAUGUGAUUUCACACCAGGAUGUGUUUUAGGAACUAUCUAGUCCCUUGUUGCCACUUAAACAUUUUAUAACUAUACUUAACCAUAACUUUAAACAAAACAACAUGUGUAAAAACUACAAGCACAAAAAACAGUGUCUCAUCAGCAUAUUUGUCGCAUGUUAAGACACAGACCGCAUAUCCAGUUUACCAUUCGCAAAGCAUCACAUACUGACAUGUUUUUGGGAUGUGGCAACAAUCGUCAUAAUGUAAUUUUUGACACAUAUUUUAGUGAGCAUUUCAGUUUAUUGAGGAGCCUUUUUUUCAUUUUGAUGCACAGAUUUGGUAUUCAGUCCUUAUGUAACAUCAAGGCAACGUUGUGGUAGUGUUGGAAUACAUACAGACUUUUCUUCUACCUAUUAUCUACUGGCUAAUAGUAUAGUAGUAAAACCUUUGCUAGGCAGCAACAAAGCAUCUUUAGUGUGAUUAAUAUCAUGUUUUCCCAGUUUUUAAUCUUGCAAAAUGUUGUUUUCUAGACACAUAUGAAGAGAGGCAAAGCUAUUCUGUAAUUUGAUGGUGGACUAGUACAUAGAGCAAUCUACAUAUGAUAGAAUACUUAUAUUCUUUAGAUCAGUAAUCACUCAACCCUUUUCCUUAAAAAGAUGUGUUUGUGUUUA